AUGAGCGCCAACGUCGUGUUUUCUCAGAGCGCCGCGCUCGGUGACGCUGGCGCGCACGGCCAUGCGCACGGCCAUACGCACGAUCAUGCACAAGAGCAUGGACACACGCACGAGAUCAUGGAGCACCCUGGCAAGUUUGGCGAGCGCACGCUGCCCAACUAUGCAAAUCGCCACUGGCCCGAGCGGACCUUUACCGUAGGAAUCGGCGGUCCUGUUGGAUCCGGAAAGACGGCGCUGCUGCUUGCGCUGUGCCGCAAGCUGCGCGAUGAGUACAAUAUCGGCGUCGUCACAAACGACAUCUUCACGCGCGAGGACCAAGAGUUCCUCGUGCGCAAUGCAGCACUCCAGGAUCCCAACAGGAUCCGCGCAGUAGAGACGGGCGGUUGCCCACACGCUGCGAUCCGUGAGGAUAUCUCGGCGAACAUGGAGGUGCUCGAGCAGCUCCAGGCCGAGUACGAUACGCAGCUGCUCUUUGUCGAAAGCGGCGGCGAUAACCUGGCAGCGGCGUUCAGUGUCGAGCUCGCUGAUUUCCACGUCUACGUAAUCGAUGUUAGCGGUGGCGACAAGGUGCCGCGCAAAGGCGGGCCUGGCAUCUCGCAGUCCGACUUGCUCGUCGUGAACAAGAUUGACAUCGCGCAGUACGUCGGCGCUUCGCUCGAGGUGAUGCGCCGCGACGCGGAUAAGAUGCGGGACAAUGGACCUACGAUUUUUACCAGCGUCAAGAACGGCGACGGCGUCGACGCUGUCGCGGAUCUUAUUCUCGCUGCGCGCCGCGCAUCGGGCGCGGACGCUGUGGGCCGUGCGCCCGCGUAG